UUGUGAAGAGAAGUCACGCUCCUGUCACAUCGUAACCUCCAGGUCAUGUUAAUCUUUGCGCUGAUGCUGGUGGGGUUUGAUUUGUUUAAUCGCAUACUCCACAAACAUGCGUUCAGCUAUGCAAGUAAGACUGAGGAGAGUAUUUCGUCAUUCAGUACGGAGUAUUCAUCCCUAUAUCCCCACUCGACAUCCCAUCUACCCUACCCACAGCGCCAAGCUGGUUACAUCGGAUUCACGUCACUUGCCAUGGUUGCCUCUGCGGAAGAGCUACACAUGGAUGGAUAUCUUCUAAGCACCCUUAGGAGGUUGGCUGGGACCCCCGCCGCAUUUGGCUCCCGAUUCUACUAUCCUAUUGCGCGGAAAAUAUGUACAUGUAACUUUGUGGCCAGAGCUAUAAUAAAGUCAGGGUCGUCGUUAGAAAUACCAGAAAGCUGUGGCACGUAUAUCUACAGCGUACUGCGGAUUAGUGUACUGUACAUACAUCCGGGCCACAUGAUCCAUGCCGCAUAUCCAUGGAUACUCGCCCAUCAAUGCCUGUGCCUUCACAAAUAUGUAUACGUAGCUAUAUGUAUGGAUGCGGAUGUUGUGGAAGGUUGUCAGGUACAGUACCGUGCUUUUAAGAAGGACAGUUCGGUUGCUGCUGCAGAUAUUGAACAUCCCUACCAUAGAAUCUGGGUCCAUGUCUUAAUUGAAGUUAAUUGA